AUGGAAAGAAAUAUGCUGAUCGAACUUUGGAUGGCUGAAGGCUUCCUCCAAGCAGACGUCAACAGCCAAACGAUGAUGGAGGAAAUUGGAAUUAAUUAUCUGAGAAUUUUAUUGCAGAGUUCAUUGUUUGAAGAAACAGGAAGCUAUGGGAUAACAUAUUAUAAGAUGCAUGAUCUGGUGCACGACCUUGCAGAGUCAAUGUCAAAGUCUACCAAAGUCAUUAAUGAUUGGAAUACGCAUAUAGUAGACAAUGGUGAUCAGAUUCGUUACCUUGCAAUAGACUCAUCUGGUGCCAGAGAAGACAGAGAAAAACUUUUGGAGAGUCUAUCAACUUCGUUUCAUACAUUAUUCAUCGUAAAUGGUGACUUAUCUGGUGAUAUGUUAAUGAAGUUGAAGAACUUGUAUGUUUUGAAUUUGUCUCGUGCAAGAAGAACUCAAGAGCUACCAGUCUCAAUUGGCAAACUGAUACAUUUGCGGUAUGUUAACCUUUCAUGGUCUUCAAUCAGUAUUUUGCCAGACUCCCUUUGCAAGCUUUAUAAUCUGCAGACAUUGACGCUAAGUGGCUCAAAUGUUAAAGAUCUUCCGAAGGGAAUGUGCAAUUUGAUUAGCUUGAGACAUCUCCACUAUUACAUAGAUUAUGAUGAAGAAUUUCAAAUGCUGCGAGAGAUGGGAAGGCUGACUUGCCUUCAAACUCUAGAGUUCUUUAGCGUGGGUCGAGAGAAGGGUCGACAAAUUGGAGAGCUUGGAUGCUUGAAGAACCUCAAAGGCAAAUUGGAGAUACGCAAUCUGGAACUAGUAAAGGAUAAGGAAGGAGCUAAGGAAGCAAAACUAUCUGAAAAGGCAAAUCUAUUUAGGCUGGAACUUAAGUGGGCCCCUGAUCGAGAAGGUGACAACUACAACGAUGAAGAUGUGUUAGAUGGCCUUCUACCCCACCCAAAUUUGGAGGAGUUGAUAAUUUGGAAUUUUAUGGGCAAUCAAUUUCCUCGAUGGUUAAUGAAUUUGCCAACAACAACAACACUCCCCGAGUCAACAACAACACCACCACCCAAGUUAGCGCGUUUGGCAUUUAAUUUCUGCAACAGAUGCAGAGAACUCCUUCCCCUGCAAAACUUUACGUCUCUUAAAGAGCUGGUGAUUGAUGAGUGCGAUGGGUUGACGAAUCUGCCCGGUGACUUGCUGCACUCUUGUGCCUCUCUCCAGAAGCUUCAGGUGAGUUGGUGCGACAAUCUUGUCUCCUUUCCGCUUGAUUUGCAACAAACGCCUUCUCUCUUGGAGCUGGGAUUAUACUGCUGUCCCAAACUGAAAACAAGCAUGACACCCAAAGGAUUUGGUUUCCUAACCAGCUUAAGGAAGCUUGUAAUUGGUCCCUUCUCAGAUGAUGGUGAUGAUCAUGAAAAUUCUUCAAUUUACAAUGAGUUUGAUUGGUCUGGAUUGAUAUCCUCUUCGUAA